AGCAGUGAGAAAUUAGGAUAUGGAUAUGUGAACAGAGCUCUAUGCUUCUUCAUCAAUGGCUUCCAUUAGUAGCUUACACAGUUGGGCAUCUACUCAACACUCUCGUCUUCCUCGAAUCAUUUCUGAGGCUGACCAACCUCGACCCAUUAAACAAUUCGUUGUCUUUCCGGUUCCCAUAUCAAGAAGAGACGCGAGUAUCAUCCUUCUCGGCUCGCUUCCAUUGACAAGCUUCUUUGUUAUACCGCCGAGCUCUUCGGAAGCCAGAGAGAGACGGAGCAGAAAAGUUAUCCCUCUCGAGGAAUAUUCCACUGGCCCUGAAGGGUUAAAAUUCUAUGACAUUGAGGAAGGCAAAGGUCCAGUAGCCACAAAGGGAUCAACUGCUCAGGUGCAUUUCGAUUGCCGUUACAGAAGCAUCACUGCAAUUUCUACCCGAGAAUCCAAGCUUUUAGCUGGAAAUCGUAGUAUUGCUCAGCCUUACGAGUUCAAGGUGGGAUCAACGCCAGGAAAGGAAAGGAAGCGUGAAUUCGUUGACAAUCCAAACGGGUUGUUCUCUGCACAGGCUGCACCAAAACCUCCUCCAGCAAUGUAUUACAUAACCGAAGGAAUGAAAGUCGGAGGCAAGAGAACUGUGAUUGUUCCUCCAGAAGCUGGUUAUGGUCAGAAAGGAAUGAAUGAGAUACCGGUGAGAACCUACUACAAAUUGUAUAUGAGCCUGGAGCUACAUUUGAGUUAAACAUAGAGCUGCUUCGAGUGACACCUCCCCCAGAAGAGUAGUGAACACUGAUAAGAGAAAUUUGAAGCAUUGUCCCAAGUCCCAACAUUUGUCUAAAGAUAACAAAGGAGAAAAGAGGGAAAGAUGUAAAUUUUGGAGUACUGUAUUUAUUUGGUGUCUGGUUGUUAUACACCAAACUCUGGUACACUGAAAGAACCGAGGAAUAUUUGCUGGACGAAAAUUUGUUAAAAAGUAAUGAUUUCUUA